ACCUUUUGUAGUACUAUUAUUACUAGUAGAAUCAUUUUUAAAGCAUCUGUCGAAGAGUAAAGUUGGAAUCAAUGGAGGAGGAUGAUUUUUCGGAACAUUCAAAAACGUUAUCCCCUGCGGAUAAAGAAAAACUUGAAAUUCAAAAUAGUCGUUUAAUUAGCGAAUAUAAAGCAAAAAUGCUUGAAUUAGAAGCUCGAAAACAUUGGGAUUUAUUUUAUAAAAGGAACGAAAAUAGGUUUUUCAAAGAUCGUCAUUGGACCACGAGAGAAUUUCAAGAUCUAAUAAACGACGCUGGAACAUCGAAAAGGAUUUUAUUUGAAAUAGGGUGUGGCGUUGGGAAUUUUAUAUUCCCAUUACUAGAGGAAAAGUUGAAUUUCGAUGUUAUAGCGUGCGAUUUUUCAUCUAGAGCCGUGGAAAUUUUAAAAAACGAUCCGAAAUACGUUCCUAACUCGAUUAAGGCUUUCCAAUGCGAUAUAACAACGCCAGACGUUUUUUCUAUAAUCCCGAUAAACAACGUGGAUAUAGCAACUUUAAUAUUCGUUUUAUCGGCGAUACAUCCUAACAACUUCCACCAAACUCUACGGAAUAUCUACGAUCUUCUAAAGCCUGGAGGUGUGUUGUUAUUUAGGGAUUACGGUUUAUACGACAUGGCGCAGUUGAGAUUCAAAGCCGGUCAUAAGAUUUCCGAUAAUUUCUAUAUGAGACAAGAUGGGACGCGUUCGUAUUAUUUUUCGGUGGAUUAUAUAGGAAGUUUGUUAAAAAAAAGUGGAUUUGAAGUUAUUUCCAAUUGUUAUAUUCACAGAAGAACGGUUAAUAGGAAGGAUAACAUCGAUGUUCCUAGGAUUUUCGUACAAUGUAAGGCGGUGAAGCCGUUUGGAUGAAAAAAAAAAAUAGUGGUUAUCAAGAAAUGGGGCAGUACUUAACGUUUUCCAAGAAGUUUGAAAAUGGUUUCCGAUAGUUGGUACAGUUGGUUCGAGGUUAUAACAUAAAUUGGUAAACUGCCCCUUAAUAUCAACAUUAUCGAAACGGAAUUUUAGCAAAAGGAUGUUUCGAAAUCGUGUCACAGAACAAAUGAGAUCCUCUGGAAAUACAAGAAAUUUAAUAAAAAAACUUGUUUUAA